UAUUGAUAAACGCAAAGCAUCAAGAUGGAUCACAUGGAUUGUACAGAGCAGCUGUGACUUGGUGUGUGUUAGUUGGUGUUAGUGUAACUGGGCAAACCAACAUUAAAAACAUUUAUAUAUGUCCAUUUAUGUACACCAGGGAAUAUAAACAAAGAAUAUACUAAAAUGUCUCUGACAAAGUUAUUUGGUAACCUACGACUAUCGAUACGACUUCAAAGUAGUAGAAGAUACUUGGCCUCUAAGACGGACAACAUUAUCGAGUCUGCCGAAGAGGUACCAGUAUUUCUGGAGGAAGAAAAGACUGUACCGAUAGAGAUAAGAGACAAAUCUAGACUCAAUCCUGGACAUAGAAAUAUAUUGCGCAAUGAGAAGCCUUGCAUAAAAUUCACGCAGUGGUAUCACAAUACAUUAAGAUACAAAAGACGAAUGCUAGGUAGGUACGGCAUGAAGGAGCUAGAUGUUUCCGCAGGAAUUGCUUGGCCUACUCGAGAGGAAUUAGAUGAUCUCAAGGAGUAUGAAAGAGUCGCUUAUCCAUUGAGCCUCGAGGAGAGGUGGCACAAUAUUAGAGAGAAACACAGGCUGGAGGAAGAAGCCAUAAUAGCUAGGGAAAAGGAGAUCGAUGCUAAAAUGGCAAAGAUGAAAGAAAUGAUAGAGGAGAUGGAGACAAGGGUCGCUAGGAAGAAAGCGGAAGCAGAGCAAGCGCAGUUCCAGAAGGAACGUCGGUUACGAGAAAUUAGACGUCGAUUAGGCAUCACAGGCCACAUAACCAGUGAUAAAAUCAAGGAGAUGAUGGAGAAACUGGAGAAAGAGGACAAGAAGAAACGAAAAGAAGCUAAGAAACAACGACAACUCAUGAAGCAGAUAGAAUUGGCCCAAGUGGAGCAAGAGAAACCUGUGGUGAGCAAGGAAGGAUCGCCAAACGUCGAAGAAGAACCUAAAAAGUAGAAACUUUAAUCAAAUGUAUUUAAAUAUCAUUUCUAUAUAUUUAAUAAACUUAGCAUUAGACAGAA